UACAACGUAUUGCGCAUUGUCAGGCACUGCAUUCAACGCACUGCAGUUUUCCCAUGAAACUGCACCAAAAGUUGAAACGUCAGUGCAUUUUUAAAUAAGAAUGUCUGUCCUACGCGUUUUGCCGAGAAAAAUCACCGAAACGGCAACCAUCCUGUCUCGAAGUGUGCCGAAUGUGUCAUACCACGCAAAUGUUUUAGACCAUUAUGAGAAUCCAAGAAAUGUAGGUUCCCUGGAUAAAAAUGACAAGCAUGUGGGUACCGGACUUGUUGGAGCUCCAGCCUGUGGCGAUGUCAUGAAAUUACAAAUUAAAGUUGACGAAAAUGGAAAGAUUACAGAUGCUAAGUUCAAGACAUUUGGUUGCGGAUCAGCCAUUGCUUCAAGUUCUCUGGCAACUGAAUGGGUGAAGGGGAAAACUGUUGAUCAAGCAUUGCAGUUGAAGAACACGGAUAUCGCUAAAGAGCUUUGCCUCCCACCUGUCAAGCUACACUGUUCGAUGCUUGCAGAGGAUGCUAUAAAAGCAGCCCUUUCCGAUUAUCGCAUCAAGCAACAAUCUGAGACAAACAAGACCUCCAAUAAAUCUUCAGCCUAAUAUUCGAGUAUAGCCAAUCGUAGUAACAACCAGUUUCGGCAUUGCAAUUGCUGUAAAUAGUGUAUUGCAUCACAUCUUGCAAUGCAUAUUAGCUAUAGGUAAAUAUGUAAUGCUGUUACUGUAGGCAAACACACGCGCCAAGUGAUAAAUACAGAGUCUAUCGUAUUGAGAGUCUCAUCACGGCUAUAAUAGAAGAGCACAAUAUGUUAAGGUAAUAAAUUAUUUGACUGAGUACAGCAACCGAAAUUAAUUUCUUGAUAUUACCGUAAAUACUAUAUUUUAGUACUUUAUACAUACAUUUAGGUACCUGGCUAUGCAAACGUGUAGUAGUAAUUUACGUUAUGGUCGUAUGUAUAAUUGAUCUGAAAAAUAUAUUUUAGAAAAGAUUCAACUGUAA